CUUUUGGAAAAUAAAAACCUUAGUGUAAAAUUUAACCAGCAAAACUUCACUAUUAGGCAGGUGAUUGUUCAGUAUGUGGUAUGAACAAUUUCAUUAAAUCGCUAUUAACUCGAUCUAGUUGGCGCGCGUGUCAACGUGAUCUGACAACACAUGGUUGUCGAUGCGCCAUACCUUUAUGCUUCUUUUCAUCCGACGCGGUUAAAUUAUGGCAUCUUUUAUAAAUUUUCUUAAGAGAAUUUUUUGAAAAGGGUACUAUUAUUCUUCUCUUGCAAUGAAAUUUUGAAGACUUGACAUAACUGAGAGUUUCAUCAAGUUAUUUCCCUUUCUGGCUACCAUUCUUGUUCAUCUUUCUUAGUCAAGCUAGACUUUCGAAUAGCAAAUAACAAAAUAAAAUCAGUUUGCCAGAGACAGCCUGCAGCUUUCUUUCUUCGUGAUAUUGAGUAGUAAUAACUCCAUAAUGAGUGAAGUAAGAUGAUUACAAAUUCAAAAGAAAAGCAAGAAGGUGAUGAAAACAACAAUAAUAACCACAAGAAGCUCACCAAAGCAGCAUCAACCUCAUCAUCAAGACAAUGGUCAGCAUUUAGAAAUCCAAGAAUCGUUCGAGUUUCGCGUUCUUUUGGAGGAAAAGACAGGCACAGCAAGGUCUGCACAGUACGAGGAUUAAGAGACAGAAGAAUCAGACUGUCUGUACCAACAGCAAUUCAGUUAUACGAUCUUCAAGAUAGGCUUGGAUUAAGUCAGCCUAGCAAAGUAAUCGAUUGGUUAAUUGAUGCAACUAAAAAUGAUAUCGAUAAUCUUCCACCACUUCAAAUGCCUCAAGGAUUCGGUCAUCAUCCAUUUCAUCAACAAAUGCUACUUUCCAAUGAUUUAAACUCAUAUCAUCAUUCUAUUUCACCGUUAUUCGACGCGAAUUCGAGCAAUUUCAACAAGGAUAUAGGGUUUCAUUCAUUAGGGAUAAAGAUGAAUACUGCUGGUAGUACUCUUAUCGAUCAAGCCGAAGCAGAAACUUCAAUGAGAGCAAGUGACAAAGGAAAAUGGAUCAGAAGUGUCAAUAUUGAUCAAGAAAAUAAUCAAGAACACAAGUUGUUUCCUAUAAACAAUAAUCCGAUCAUGCCUUUUAAUCCCUACUAUCAUUAUGAUGCUUCAAGUCUAUCUUUAGCGCAAUUCGGAGCGAAUACUCAACAUGGAUUUAUGCCUCAAGCAGAAAACUCUAGCACUGUUUCAUUGGCAUCAGGCUCCCAGUUCUUUCUAUGUCCGCCAUUUUCGCAGUAUUCUCCUUAUGUUUCUGCUCCAUUGGGGAAUAAUAAUAAUAACAAUGAGUCAAGGGAGACAAAUCAUUUUCAGUGGUUGAAUUCGUCUUCAUCGGAUAAUAAUCAACUCAAGAAUUUCUCAUUGGGUGUAAAUCCAGGGUUUGUUCAUCAUCAUUCUCAAAGGAAUGGUGAUAAUGGAAGCCAGCCAGAGAAAGAUCAUAAUGCUGAUUCAUAAUCAUUGUAGUGAUGUAUACUGAAACGUGGUCGAAGCGAAAAAUGGUGCAGUUGAUGUCUGAUACUUAAGUUCAUGUCUCAAGAUUAAUCAUACAUAUACAAGCAAUUGAAGGAAAUGGAGAUCUUAAUGAAGUAAUGCUUUUUUUUUCCUGUCUACAAAUAAUACAAGUAAGACUCUAAAUACUUUAAUUAUCUUAUGUGUUAGCUAGUUUCAUUUAUAUGUAUACAAAAUUAAUGUUUUGCAGGCUGAGAUUUGGACAAGAUAAAGUUUGUAAUAUGUAGAUUUGAUACUGGAUUUUAAUUAGUUUCCAAUUUUUAGAGA